AUGUCCGAAGAUCCAAAGGUCCAAGAAUUCACUCUCAAGGAGGAUCACGAGCUUAGGUUUGAGGUCGGCAACACGGAAGUGGUGCUUGAGCUUCUCCAAGGAAGAGCUGAGGUAUUUGGUACUGAGCUGGAAAUGCACAAGAAAUACGCAUUCCCUCCCAAUACACGAGUUGCUGUAUUCAGCUGGAAAGGAGCGACUGUUGAGUUGAUUGGUCCCACCAACAGUGCCUAUGUCGCUGAACACACUCCCAUGGUGAUCUACUUGAACACACACGCGGCACUCGAACAGUUGAGGCAACAUUCAGAGGAGCAGGUGGCCGUGGAUGGUACGGAAAACCCGAAAGGUCCACGCAUAAUGCUGGUUGGACCUACUGACGUGGGUAAAACAACAGUAUGCCGCAUAUUGUGUAAUUACGCAGUACGACAAGGUAGAUCUCCAGUAUUCAUCGACCUCGACGUCGGCCAGGGCAGUAUUUCUGUCCCAGGAACAAUUGGUGCCCUUUUUAUUAACAAAACUGCGGAUGUCGUUGAAGGAUUCGACCGAUCAAAGCCGUUGGUUUACAAUUUUGGCCACAUAUCUCCGGGAGAAAAUUUACCGCUGUAUGACAUAUUGGUAAAGGAACUGGCCGAUUCUGUGACCGCCCGUUGUGCAACACACCCGGAAGCAAAUUUGGGAGGACUUGUCAUUAACACCUGUGGAUGGGUAACUGGAGAAGGCUAUGCUUGCAUUGUAUCGGCCGCUGAAGCUUUCGAGGUUGAUGUGGUCGUUGUGCUCGAUCAUGAGCGCCUUUACAAUGAACUUCAACGGGAUUUGCCUACCUUUGUCAAGAUUCUCCAUCAACCGAAGUCUGGUGGAGUAGAGACUCGUUCCCGUCAAUCACGAUUAGCUGCUCGUAGUGCAUCAAUACACAGGUAUUUCUAUGGUGUGCAUUCCAACCCUUAUUACCCAUUCACCUACGAAAUGAAUUUUGCCGAUGUUAUUUUCUGUAAAAUUGGCACCGAAAAGUUACCUGAGUCAUGUCUUCCGUUUGGAUCGAAGGUGGAGGAUCACCAGACGAAGGUUGUUACCAUCAGUCCAAGUGCGGACAUGGCACACAGGAUGUUUGCAGUCACACCUUGCCCUACCGUAUCUCAAGCUGUUCUAAAAGCAAGCGUGCUAGGCUUCGUCGUGAUUACUGAGAUCAACAUGGAAGAAAAACGCCUGAGUGUGUUGUGCCCUCAAAGUUCGUUGUCCCAUAAAGUGCUGGUCUGGACAGAAAUCACGUUUUUGGACGACCAAGUCACGAGAACUGCUGAGUAG